AUGGCUCGCUCUGCUCUGUGGGUUUCCCUGUUCCUGCUCGCAUUUGCUUCCAGGGUGCAAAGCAAAGUUUCUCAGAAAACACCCAGCAAGGCAUCCAGCUCCAAUAAGGCAGCCCUCCGCCAACUCUCCGAUUAUUUAUUCGCCAGUUACAAGAAGGACGUCCGGCCCGUCUGGAACUGGAGGAAGACUACCAACGUGGCCAUCGAUGUCAUGAUUUAUGCUAUUCUGAGUGUGGAUGAAAAAAACCAAGUUCUGACAACGUAUAUUUGGUACAGGCAGCACUGGAUUGAUGAAUUCUUGAAAUGGAAUCCAGAGGACUUUGACAAUAUCACCCAGAUGUCUGUUCCCACUGAAGCCAUCUGGGUCCCAGAUAUUCUGAUCAACGAAUUUGUGGAUGUGGGCAAAUCCCCUGAAAUUCCCUAUGUCUACAUCCUCUAUAAUGGGGAAGUGAGGAAUCUCAAGCCUGUCCAAGUCGUAACAGCCUGUAGCCUGGACAUCUACAACUUCCCCUUUGACGUACAGAAUUGUUCUCUGACCUUCACCAGUUGGCUGCAUAACAUCCGAGACAUCAACCUCUCCUUGUGGAGGACCCCGGAGGAGGUGAAAAAUGAUAGGAGCGUCUUCAUGAACCAGGGCGAAUGGGAACUUCUUCAUGUGCUCAGCCAGUUUCGAGAGUUCAGUGUUGGGGACAGCGAUCACUAUGCUGAGAUGAAGUUCUUUGUGGUCAUCCGGAGGCGUCCCCUUUUCUAUGCUGUCAGCCUGCUGCUCCCCAGUAUUUUUCUAAUGGUCAUGGAUAUUGUGGGCUUCUACCUACCCCCUGACAGUGGGGAAAGAGUCUCAUUCAAGAUCACCUUGCUCCUUGGCUACUCCGUUUUCCUGAUCAUUGUGUCUGACACGCUGCCUGCAACUGCUAUUGGAACCCCCCUUAUAGGCAUCUAUUUUGUGGUGUGCAUGGCCCUGCUGGUUAUCAGCUUGACGGAGACCAUCCUCAUUGUACGCCUGGUGCACAAACAAGACCUGCAGCCGCACGUUCCCGACUGGGCGAAGCGCUGGGUCCUAGAACGGGCCACUGUCCUGCUCUGCAUCCAGGAUAGGAGGGCGUUCCACCCGGUCUGCACUCAGAGUUCAGACAUCUCCAAGAACACAGAGAAUAAUGGCAGCACAGCCAAGCUGAACCACUACAGCUGCGACAGCGCACGCGACUAUGAAGGCAGAGCAGGUGGUGCCACAGCCCAGCUGCAGGGCGAGAGCCCGCUGUCAGUCGAAAACAUCCUGCAAGAGAUUGCAGCCAUCCGCCAGUUCUUGGAGAAGCGGGAUGAAUUCCGAGAUAUUGCCCGCGAGUGGCUGCAGGUGGGCUACGUCCUGGACGUCCUCCUCUUCCGUGCCUACUUGGUGGCAGUGUUGGCCUACAGCAUCACCCUUGGCACACUGUGGUCCAUCUGGCAGUAUGCCUGACGCACCCACCUUGCCACCACCAGAGAAGGGCUCGGCAGACAAUUAUGCAUCAUGAGUCUUUUGCAGAUCUUUGGACCCGCUGAUCUGCAAUUUAAUCAUGAGUAUCAGUUAAACUUUCAGAUUCCCCGUAGAGUCCCAAGCCCCAAUUUAUCUUGCUGAGGGGAGAGUAACAACUAGAUAUUAUAAACUUCUUUAUCCUAGGUUUUUACAUUCCAGUUCUUUUGGGGGGGGGGGCAGGUAUUCUAUGGACUGCAUGUCUCUUGCAUUUUAUCUUCUUUAUUUUUGUUAUCUCUUUAAGAGGGGAAAUUUUGGUCACUGAGGACUAUUUAUUUUUCAGUACAUUUCAGUCCCCAAGAUGGAUAAUAGAAAGUUCAAGUGUGUUUUAA